UAUUUAUUAUUUAGUAUUUACAUAUCGAUGAAUAAGCUAUCGUGUUAUCCUGCAUGAACAUAAGUCAUCUCUCAUCAACGAGAUUCUUAUUUUUUUUUAAAUUAUUUAAAAUUUAAUUUAUGAAAAACUAGGCUAUUUGUUUUGUGUGUCAAAUCGUAAUGGUCGACCGUAUUUUUUCUGAAAGUUGAGUUAAAUUAUGUCAAAAUAUUCAUUAUUACAAAACAAAAUAAUAUAUCUUUUCGAGUUUGUGUUGAUAUUAUCAUAUACAAGUGCUUUCAAUGGUACUCUUCUACACGCAAUAAAUGGCAUAGUUAUACAAGACAAUUAUACAUACUAUUCGUUGGAAAACAGAGGCUAUAUUUCGGUUGUGUUGAUUUCAGUGUAAAUAGGAAGGUGAUGCUGACUUAUAUGUGUCACAACCUCACGUUUCAAAAUCUCCAACUUAUGAACCAGACACUUAUUGCCUUCAGUCGUCGACUUGUGGAAAUGACAUUGUUUAUAUACCUAAAUGGUUUAAACGACCGGUAUACAUAGGCAUAUACGGUCACCCAUCCAAUGAAAUUUCUAAGUAUACUUUAGAAAUUUAUCAAAAUAAAAUACCCGGAGAAGAGUUCAAUUUAAAUUUAUUUAAUUCUGAAGACGAAAAUGGAACUGUAUUAGUAAAUAACGCAGAAGAUGAUGAAUCUAAUAUAACGGAACAAGCUGAUCAAAUCACUUUGCCACUUCAAUUAAUUUGGAACUUUUUAAGUCUUGCUGUAGAAAUUGUAUUUUUAUAAACUAUUUGUAAUUUCUUUAAUAUAAUGCUUCCCUACGAAAAUCAAAUAUUUUUGGAUGUAUUGCACGAAGAUGGUCUUGUAAUAUGUGCAAAGGGCCUAGGAUUAGAAACUGUUAUCUUAAACAUUAUAAAAGUUUAUUGUGAUCCUGGUAACCUAGUAUUAGUGCUCGGUUCAUCUGCACCUGAAGAAGAUUAUUGGAUAAGUCAGUUAAACAAAGAAGGUGUUAAACCUUUACCUAAAGUAUUAUCUGCUGACACUUCAAUAAGUGAAAGGGAGAAACUUUAUCUUCAAGGUGGAGUGUUGUUUGUUUCAUCCAGAAUUGUUGUUGUUGAUCUUUUAAAACAAAGGAUUCCUACACCUCAAAUCACUGGAUUUUUAGUCUGUCGAGCUCAUAACAUCUUGGAGUCAUGUCAAGAAGCAUUUGCUUUAAGAUUGUUCCGCAUGGGAAAUAAAACAGGAUUUAUUAAAGCGUUUUCAGCGUCAUCACAAUCAUUUACCUAUGGAUUUACGCAGAUUGAACGAAUAAUGAAAACCCUCUUUGUUCCUAAAUUAUACUUAUGGCCAAGAUUUCAUCUUUCUGUUAAAUCAAGUUUAGAUAAUAUAAAGCCAGAAGUUAUAGAACUACACGUUGAAUUAACACCUGCAAUGAUUGAUAUUCAAACAUCUUUACUUGAUUUAAUAAACUUUUCUAUUAAAGAAUUGAAAAGACUUAACCCUUCAUUAGAUACAGAAGAAUUAACAGUAGAAAAUUGCCUAGCAAAAUGUUUUCAUAAAAUAUUACAAACACAACUUAACCCAAUUUGGCAUCGCCUUAGUUGUACGACUAGACAAUUGGUUUCUGAUCUUAAAGUAUUACGUAAUUUAAUGAUGUCUGUAACAACAUUAGACAGCGUUCGCUUUCAAUCAAUGUUAUCAAAUUAUUCAAAUGUCGAAUAUGCUCACCGUAGUUCAGGAUGGUUAUUACUUGAUGCAGCAGAAACAUUGUUUGUUACGGCUAAACGACGUUUGUUGAACUCAAAAAAAGAAAUUUCUCCUGAACCCAAUCCAAAGUGGGGUGGAUUAACUGAAAUUUUAAAAGAAAUUGGACAAAAUUCUAAAGAUAACGGUGAAGUUGUAUUAGUACUUGUUCAAUCUAUAGACACUUGUCGUCAAUUAAAAAAACUUCUCGUUAAAGGUGCAGAUGGACUAUUGUUAGAGUUAUACAAAAGACAUAUUAAAGAUAAACCAACUCUAUCAAAAGAUAAAACCUCUGGUAAAGAAGAUAUAGAAUAUGUUGCAGAAAAUAAAGAAGAUUUUAAUGAAGAUGAUGAAGCUUGUGAAAGUUUUAUGUUAACGCAGCAAAAAAAUGGCGAAGACAUUUUAACUUUUACAGAAUGCUCGGAAGAUACUCAUAAUGAUACAAUGAAAGAUCCGGUAAUUGUACUACAGCAGUAUAAAAAACACGGGGAUUUUUUGUCCCUGCCACGUGUAUUAAGAGAUUUACAACCCAAAUACAUUGUUAUGUAUGAUGCAAACAUGACAGCAGUUCGACAAAUUGAAGUGUUUCAAAACGCUGAUGCUAAACAAAAAUUAAUUGUUUAUUUUUUAAUAUAUGCUGGAUCUACCGAAGAACAAGCAUACUUAACAACUCUCAGAAGAGAAAAAUUACUCUUUGAUCAUUUAAUUAAAGACAAAGCUAUUAUGGUCAUACCUAAAGGUCAAGAUGGUAAAGACGAUGACUGUCCUGAGUUGUCUCGAGAUUUGGGUGUUCAUCCUUCAGAAUUAAUGGAAAAUGAAGAUAAGAUACAUAAACCGGGAGAGAAGGCUGUCCAAAAAGUAACACCUGUAAUCAUUGUUGAUAUGCGAGAAUUCAGAUCAGAUUUACCUGUUUUGCUUCAUCGUCGUGGUAUUGACAUUGAACCAGUGACUCUACAAGUGGGUGAUUAUAUUUUAACACCAGAAAUGUGUGUAGAACGAAAGAGUAUCGACGAUUUAAUUGGUUCACUAAAAAGUGGUAGACUUUAUCAUCAGGCUCUAAUGAUGUGUCGUCACUAUAAAAAACCUAUAUUACUUAUUGAAUUCGACCAGAAUAAACCAUUUGAUUUACAGGGAAACUACUACUUAAGUAAAGAUAUGACAACCAGUCAUCGAAAUGAUAUAACAUCUAAAUUGCAGUUAUUAACUUUACACUUUCCUAAACUUCGCCUGGUUUGGUCUCCUAGUCCUUAUGCCACUGCAGAACUUUUCCACGAACUUAAAGAAGGAAAAACACAACCAAUUUCAUCUGAAGCCGCUGUUAUUGGCUUAGAAGCUGGUCAAAAUUUUGAUGAAGAAGAGUAUAAUGCUGUUAUUAAAGACUUUUUGUGUAAAUUACCUGGAGUUACUACUCAAAACAUUUGUAGUAUAUUAGAUAAAGGAAAGUCAUUGCCUCAUAUGAUGAAUAUGUCCCAACAAGAAUUAAAGACUUUAUGCCGAAAUUCAAAUGAUGCAGACUUAUUGUAUAGUUCACUGCACACUAAAUUGAAUCCAUCCAAUGAACAACCUGGAUUAAAAGUUCAAGCUGGUAAAAUAUUCCGAGCAAAAAAGAAAUUCAAACAUUCAAAAUCUAAAUAAUACUAUAAUAAAAUAAUUUUUUUCUAUAAAUCAAUAUGUUUAAAUAUUAAGAAAUAUUUUUUUUCUGCAAAUUGUGUUAAUUUUUACUAUUUAAAUAAUUUGUGAACUACUAA